AAUAUAGAAGUUAACUCACAAGGGUUUCCAAAGGCGAACCGAAUUUCAGUUGACUCGAAUCGCACGAGUCGCGAGGAAGCAAAACUAAAGAACGCUGACCAAAAACCCUCAAUACGUGAAUAUCGUUUGACUUCGCCUUAGGCCCCGACACAUAAAAACAAAACACCCAACCGACAUAAUGGCUGCCACCGAUAUCGCCGAGGAGGCCUUCCACUUGCGUCUGGGCUAUCUAAAGCCGGAGACCCUGGAAAUCGCCCGGGUGGAACUCCGGGAAACCGAGGAGGUCAAAGCGGAGGCCAUCCUCAAGCUCCGGGAGCUGCUCAAGGCCACGCCCGAGCUGAACUACAAGGACGACGACGCCUUCCUCACAGUCUUCCUGCGCGCCUGCCACUUCUACCCCGAAGGAGCCCUCGAAAAGAUGAAGACCACAGCCACCUUCCGCAAGGAGUACGCCUCCCUGGUCCGAGGACUCCUGGUGGAGCAAGUGAAGGAGAAAUUCGUGAAGGGCAGUGUGAUCAACGUGCUGAAGAACUGCGACCAGAAGGGUCGCCGUGUGCUGAUCGUGAACUGUGGCAAACUCUGGGAUCCCAGCGACAUUACCAGCGAUGAGAUGUUCCGCAUGCUCUACAUGGUGCAUCUGGCCGCCCAGCUGGAGGAGGAGACUCAGGUGAGGGGCGUGGUGUGCAUCAUGGACUUCGAGGGACUGUCGAUGAAGCAGGUGAAGGCCCUGUCGCCGAGCUUCUCCAAGCGACUGCUCACAUUCAUCCAGGAGGCGAUGCCCCUGCGCAUGAAGGAGGUGCACUUCGUGAAGCAGCCCUUCAUCUUCAACAUGGUCUGGUCGCUCUUCAAGCCCUUCGUCAAACAGAAGCUGAACAGCAGGAUGCACUUCCACGGCAGCGACAUGAAGUCCUUGCAGAAGUUCCUCGACCCCUCCGUCCUGCCCGCCAACUACAAGGGUACUCUGCCCGCGAUCGACUACGGCGGCGUCGAGUGGUUCCCCGCCCUGGAGAAGCAGGCCCAGUAUGUGGCCGAGUGGAGCCAGUUGGGCCCCGCCCAGUGGUGAUUGCCCCAUUUCGAUACACCCCACUGACAUUCGCAUCCUACUGACAUUAGCUUAACUUUAUGCUUGUAAAUACUUUCAACAUGUGUUUGCUUAGUUCGUAACAUUUUGGCAAUAAAAACUAGUUACAUAAUACCAUAAACCACGGAAAAAAUGUCUAAAAUCUUAUGGCUGGGUGUUGAGAACCAUAAAUUCGAGUUGACCUCAUGGGAUGAUAAACGUUAAAUGGAAUUUUGUUAGUUGUAAAAUGGUUAGGUUCUAGAAAGCUUAACAACUAAAGCUCUAGAAAUAUAAAAGCUAGAAAUUUUAAAUUAACACAAAAUUGUAGGCAGCCUACAAAAUUUUCUACUGCCACCUAUCAGAUAACAAACUGAAUGCCUCUUAUCGUCGUUAAAUUUAGACUGGACACUCCCCCCACUAUAGUGAAAAUAAAAGUCAAUUUAUUUAAGAAUUGGCUAGUUCAUGUGAGUGUUUUGGGUUUAUUCAACGCGUCUUUGGACUUUCAACUACUUCCAUUUUCAUACUCCAUCAUGAUCAACAUAUGCGAACAAAGCAUACAAAACGUUUUGCAUAUCAAACGGAAAUUUACAGUUCGGUGAGUGGGUUAAUUCGAAUAUCAUUCAAGUAUUUUGUGUACUCUUUCUACAAUCAUGGCAAAAAAUGUGUCCAUCAGCAUCACAACUACAUCAAAUAUUACACAAUUUAAUUUCUAUAUAUAUAUAUAAGUGAUAAAAUGAUGAGUUAAAUCCAAUUUUAAACUUUACAUAUGUAACACCGAUUAGAAUCCACACAUCUACAUAUUGCAUGACGACUGAAACUCCUCGCUUAAAGAGAGGAUGCUAACAUUGUUAUCCUUUUUUUUGUUUUCGUUGGAGUCUCUAAAUGUGAUGGGUCGUGCCUGUCCGCUUACAAUACCAUAUUGGAAGGAUCCUCCAUGUAGUCGCGGAAGUGCUGCAGCCACCUGGCAGCAACAGCACCAUCCACAACACGAUGAUCAGCGCUCAGGGUGACGGUCAGCACGUUCACCUCCUUGAAACUGCAACACAAAGAUAGAAUUAGCGUUGCUUUUACUUCUUCUCAUUUGGAACUUACCCCUUGAGACUGUCCG